GAAUUUGUUUGUAAAAAAUAAAUUAUGUUUGAUAAACCCUAUUUCGUGUUUAAGUACUCUCUUUUAAAAUAUAUAGAAUGCUAAAGUAUUCAUUUAAUAGUGGAACUUAAUUUUAUUAACCAAUUGAAUUUGAAAUAAAAGGUAAGACUUUGACCGAUAUUAUUACUUUAAGUUCAAAGCAAACCAGGGAACAUAAAAUUAAAUAUUUUGGAACAUGUUAACUUAAGAUUCCAAUAGAAUCGAUAUUCAUAUAUUCAUUGCAUGCAUUUACAGGUCCAUUCAAUAUUUUAUAAUAUUUUGCUGUUGCAAUAUGGUUUGCAGAGAAAACAGUACUUCAACCAGUUCUGAUCUUGAUUUUCACAGUUUUAACAGUCUAUUUGAAUUACUUUUUGUAUGUUAGAUCAAGAAGAAGAUUAUAAUAAUUGGCUAAUAUACAUUAAGAAGUGUCAAUUAAAGAAAAUGAUUAAAUUAAACUUAUAAAUGGAGCUGAUCUUGUACCUGGUGAUUUACUCAUUCUUAAAGAUAAUCAAACAUUAAAUUGUGAUUGUGCCAUCAUUUAAGGUGAUGUUAUUGUUAAUGAAGCUACAUUAACUGGUGAAGGCAUUCCUAUUCCUAAAACAGCAUUACCUAAUCAAAACUCUACAUUUGAACUUGAAAAAAUGACUUAACAUUGUUUAUUUGAAGGAACUAAAUUAAUAUAAGUCAACAAUGCCUAAUAAAAUAUUGCCAUUGUACUUAGAACUGGUUUUACAUCUCUUAGAGGUUAAUAUUUUAGAAAUGUACUAUUUCCCGAACCUCCUUCAAUGAGAUUUUAUAUUUAAGCAGCUAAAUUCAUAAUUGAAAUAGCAUUUAUUACUUCAAUUAUAUAUGGAUUCCUAUUGAUUUUAUACAUUCCGAUGGAAUUUAAAUCAAGUCUUUUAGUAUUAAGGUUUUUGGAUAAUAUUGUUUGGUCAAUACCACCUUCAAUGCCCAUAUUCUUCUAAAUUUGUAAGACUGCAAGUUUGGUUAGACUUGAGGCUAAAGGAGUCAUUGGAAAUAAUGCUGAUAAAGUGGAAUCAGCUGGUAGAAUUGAUACUUGUUGUUUUGAUAAAACUGGAACUCUUACUACUUUAGGAUUUAAAGCAAUUAAAGCAUUUCCAGAAGAAGAAAAACCUAUUUUAGAUGCUAUUAUGGGUUGUUGUCAUCACUUAAUUAAAAUAAAUGGCUAAUUAUUAGGUGAUCCAUUAGAAAUUGAAAUGCUUAAUUUUGUAGGUUGGCAAUGUAAUUUUAAUAACAAUCCAUUAACAAUUGAUGGAAAUGGAAAAACAUAUACAAUUCAUAAGAUAUUUGACUUUAGUUCUUCAAAAUCAAUGAUGAGUGUUAUUGUAACUGAUGGAUCUAAAUACUAUUUAUAUGCUAAGGGUUCACCUGAAUCAAUUAAUGCAAUUUCAAUUAAGAAAAGAGAUGAUUUGAUUGAAGAAUUCAAUUUGAAUGCUAUUAAAGGUUAUAGAGUCUUAGGAUUGGCAUAUAAAGAAUUAUAAUCAAAUUAAAUUGAUUAAUUGAGAGAACAAUUAGAAUCAUAAUUAAACUUUGUUGGUCUUUUAGUAAUGGAGAAUCCAUUAAAAUCAGAUACAAAUGAAAUUAUUACAACUUUAAAAGAAUCAGGAUUAGAUAUUAAGGUUAUAUCAGGGGAUAACCCUUUGACAACCAUUUAAUGUGCAAAAUUAGCUGGAAUUAUUAAUUAAGAUAAUGAAAUUACAUUUUUAGAUUAUAACUAAUAAAAUUAAGAAAUUAUACUUUAAUGCAAUAAUAAUCAAUAAAUAAUUAAGGAAUAAUAACCAAAUAGUAUUUAGGAAUUAGAAUAAUUUAUAAGUACUCAAAACGAUUUAGCUUUAACUGGCAAAUUUUUGGAAUUUAUGACAAAUAAAGGCAAUUUUUUCCUAGAACCUAAGAAUUCAUCAAGCACUUUGGGUAAGUCUUAAAGUAAGGAAAAGAUAUUUACUGAAAUUAAUCAAAUUGAUACUGAUGAUGGACCUCUUGGAUAAAUAGAAAUUGCUAUUAUUAAAAAAGCUAAGGUAUUUGCUCGUUAAAAACCUGAGUAAAAGAAAUUAAUAAUUCAAAUAAUUCAAAGUUUUGGAAGAUAAGUAUUAAUGUGUGGAGAUGGAGCUAAUGAUUGUGUAAUUAUAUAUAUUAAUUCAUUUUAGUCAGCAAUCUCAUAAGCUUAAGUUGGAAUUUCAUUUAGUGAAGCUGAUGCCUCUUAUACUGCUCCUUUCAGUAGUAAAUCUACUUCAUUAGAUUGUGUUGUUAAAGUACUGUUAUAAGGCAAAGCAGCUACUAUGACUAUUAUUGAAGUGUUUUAAUAUUAAAUCAGUGUUAAUACAUUGAAAUUUGUAGCUGUACUCUUUACUUUUUUAGAAGCUGAAACCUUUGCAGAUUUUCAAUUUACUUAUACAAGCAUUAUAUCAAAUAUUCCCUUAUUAAUAUUUUUAUGUUUAUCUGGUCCAUGUGAUACAUUAGCCAAAUAUAAUCCAUUAGAUGAUUAAUUUGCUAUUUAUAAUCAAAUUUAAAUUUAUAAUAAUUUAGUUUGGGGAGUAGCAGGGUAUUAUAAUAAAUUAAUUAAAUUUAGAUUAAUUGCCAAUUAUUUCAUUUCAGUAGCAGUCAGAGAUGUUCAUACUUGUGAAAUGGAUGAGCCAAUUGAAAAUUGUAUUCCAUAACCAAUUGAAGAAUUAAAGAAAUCUGGAGAUAUUUAAUCAGUAAUGUUUAUGAGUUUGAUGUUCUUCUUUAUGACAUUUGCAAUCAACUUGUACAUUUCCAAUCCUUUCAAAUAAAGAUAUUAUAGAAACUAUCUAUUACUCUUAUGGACAAUAUUGGGUUUUGUUCUAUUCUUUGUUUCUGCAAUCUUUCCAAAAGGAGGAAAAUGGGCUAAAUUGAUUAAUGUCAAUGAUAAUGCGUAACUAUAUUUNAUUUCAAUUAAGAAAAGAGAUGAUUUGAUUGAAGAAUUCAAUUUGAAUGCUAUUAAAGGUUAUAGAGUCUUAGGAUUGGCAUAUAAAGAAUUAUAAUCAAAUUAAAUUGAUUAAUUGAGAGAACAAUUAGAAUCAUAAUUAAACUUUGUUGGUCUUUUAGUAAUGGAGAAUCCAUUAAAAUCAGAUACAAAUGAAAUUAUUACAACUUUAAAAGAAUCAGGAUUAGAUAUUAAAGUUAUAUCAGGGGAUAACCCUUUGACAACCAUUUAAUGUGCAAAAUUAGCUGGAAUUAUUAAUUAAGAUAAUGAAAUUACAUUUUUAGAUUAUAACUAAUAAAAUUAAGAAAUUAUACUUUAAUGCAAUAAUAAUCAAUAAAUAAUUAAGGAAUAAUAACCAAAUAGUAUUUAGGAAUUAGAAUAAUUUAUAAGUACUCAAAACGAUUUAGCUUUAACUGGCAAAUUUUUGGAAUUUAUGACAAAUAAAGGCAAUUUUUUCCUAGAACCUAAGAAUUCAUCAAGCACUUUGGGUAAGUCUUAAAGUAAGGAAAAGAUAUUUACUGAAAUUAAUCAAAUUGAUACUGAUGAUGGACCUCUUGGAUAAAUAGAAAUUGCUAUUAUUAAAAAAGCUAAGGUAUUUGCUCGUUAAAAACCUGAGUAAAAGAAAUUAAUAAUUCAAAUAAUUCAAAGUUUUGGAAGAUAAGUAUUAAUGUGUGGAGAUGGAGCUAAUGAUUGUGUAAUUAUAUUUAUUUAAUUCAUUUUAGUCAGCAAUCUCAUAAGCUUAAGUUGGAAUUUCAUUUAGUGAAGCUGAUGCCUCUUAUACUGCUCCUUUCAGUAGUAAAUCUACUUCAUUAGAUUGUGUUGUUAAAGUACUGUUAUAAGGCAAAGCAGCUACUAUGACUAUUAUUGAAGUGUUUUAAUAUUAAAUCAGUGUUAAUACAUUGAAAUUUGUAGCUGUACUCUUUACUUUUUUAGAAGCUGAAACUUUUGCAGAUUUUCAAUUUACUUAUACAAGCAUUAUAUCAAAUAUUCCCUUAUUAAUAUUUUUAUGUUUAUCUGGUCCAUGUGAUACAUUAGCCAAAUAUAAUCCAUUAGAUGAUUAAUUUGCUAUUUAUAAUCAAAUUUAAAUUUAUAAUAAUUUAGUUUGGGGAGUAGCAGGGUAUUAUAAUAAAUUAAUUAAAUUUAGAUUAAUUGCCAAUUAUUUCAUUUCAGUAGCAGUCAGAGAUGUUCAUACUUGUGAAAUGGAUGAGCCAAUUGAAAAUUGUAUUCCACAACCAAUUGAAGAAUUAAAGAAAUCUGGAGAUAUUUAAUCAGUAAUGUUUAUGAGUUUGAUGUUCUUCUUUAUGACAUUUGCAAUCAACUUGUACAUUUCCAAUCCUUUCAAAUAAAGAUAUUAUAGAAACUAUCUAUUACUCUUAUGGACAAUAUUGGGUUUUGUUCUAUUCUUUGUUUCUGCAAUCUUUCCAAAAGGAGGAAAAUGGGCUAAAUUGAUUAAUGUCAAUGAUAAUGCGUAACUAUAUUUAUUUAUAUUUUUAGAUUCAAAGGUUAUAAUUGGAUCAUGAUAGCUGUUGUUGUAAUAGCUGCCUUAUUAGGAUUCUUUACUUAAGCUAUUUUACAAAAAUAUCUUCCUUCUAAAAAGAAAAUUGAAUUUUGAAUCAUUAUUAAAUAAC